AUGGACGGGCCACUACCUGUACCCACGUCUACGGAGCCAACGCCACAGCGGCAGACACCGUGCGACUUCGACCCACAAUAUGUUGCGUUAAAGCGCCUCGAUUUGGGGUUACAGGUGCGGCAAAAACAACAAUCAAGACUUUGCGUCACAUCAUCACCUCCAACUUCCAAGAGUGCGGAGCACCUAGCACAAACUAUCGAGUCUGUGAUCGCCCGACGUUCCACGUCCAACAGAUAUGGAGCAGGACCAGUGUGGCCACUUCCAGUGUGGCCACUUCCAGUGUGGCCACUUCCAGGGUCUGUUAGUUACAACGGUUUCAACGAUUGUCAAGCAGUCACCGUGUCGUUACCAUUGUUCCCUCUGCUUCCAGUGUUUCGUACGAACCCACCGGCAAAGACACCGAAUGUGCGCUCACAGAACGCUCGAUCAGAACAAGACUUCUAUACAGCCGCCUGGAUUUGUGGUGAAGGCUCGUAUCGCGCGGGAUGGUGCGGCUGGUGCUCUUGCGCGACUCGCCGCCCCUUUGCGCUUCCUGAAGCGUUGCGGUGUACGCUGGGCUCGAAGGACUGGGAAGCCUUCUGCGGCGUCUGUAAACGGUGGAUGUCCAUUGGCAAAGGUACUCGUGCCCGAGCGACGUACUUCAGGCAUGCUUACAAGUGUCAUGGCGGGCCCGGGCGGCAACCGCGGGCGAAGUCUGCUCGUCUGCUUUACGGCGCGUCCGCCGACGCUGCCUGA